AUCCUGUAGAGUGAAGUUAAUACUCGAAGUUUGGAGUUAUCUUCCAUUGUUUGCUGCCUAAGGUAUUACAACGAUGCUCCGGAGAAGAGAUUGUGAGGGGCAUUGUGCUCGUCCCAUGGGGAUCGUAAAUAGUAACUCUAUUUGAGCGUGUCAUUGAGCUACCACACUUGCAGUAGGUUUUUGCGGUGCCCUAUGUGAGGGCAUAGUUUGUGGGAAUACCGAUUAACUGUCGAACCAUGAAGUGUUAGUCGCACAGCGGGCACGUACUGGUGACAACCAAAUGAACCUCGAGAGAAAAUCACUAUGUCAACAUUGUCUACACUUCUUGGUGGUUUGCAUUUGCUAUACACAAGCUUGUAUUUACAUUCUAUAUAUAGUACUUGUGCAGUUGCUCUUGUAAUUAGUUGGCUUGUGUAGCUUGCUAGUUACCUUCUUGCUUGUGUAGCUAGAAGUAGCUCUCGUUGCGUGACUAACUUGGUUUGUGUAAGCUUGUUAGCCACAUUGCUUAGUUUAUGUAGCUAAGUAAUUUGUGUCUCUAAUUUAGUAUUGGUUGCUUUGGUUAUUAAGCAUGGCUAGUGAGCUUAGGAUUUUGUGUGCUUUGCAUUGCUUAAAGUACUAGUUGCAUAGGUUUGUGUGACCUUGCAAGCUAGAAUUGGUUAGGUGGGCACUAGCUAGCCCAACACCUUUGUUGCCUAAUUAAGAUCCUUUUAAGGUGCUCAUGAUUUUAGUCUUGGCUAGCUAGACGGAUAGUUUUAAAUCCGCAUAAGUUUCGGUUAACCGAUAUGAUAAGUUUUUAGAAAGACUAAUUCAUCUUCUCUAGUCCACCAUCUCGACCCUUCACUGACCACACACAUGAAAGUGGCUACCAAUCUUGCUAGGUCUCCUACCGGGGCAUCAGCUAUGGGUCGCUUGUGUCGCCCAUCGAUCUAUCUUAUAGAUGGAUGACUGUACGUGGAUGUACAUGAAGAACCAUAUCUGUGGUCAGCUCCGCGCACAGUCAUAGCUGGUGAUGGUGAGGGUGAGGCACGGUGCAUGGACGCCGUGCGCUCCAACUAUAUAUCGCAUUGUCGUCCAUCACCAAGAAGGCCGGCCAUGCAGAUCAGGAGGGCCGGCUGGACAUAGUGACCAAGUGAGUGAGCAGCGAAAGAGCUCGAUCGAGGCUCCAGCGCACUAGCAGUACAUGAUCCUCUUCUCGCAGAUUAAGCAACCUAGGUAAGAUUUUUGUGGCUCUCCAUCGUAGCUGCAUGCUGUCAUCAUGUCCUUCUGUUGAUCGGAAGCAUUCCACAGCAGAUCAUCUUUGCAUCAGGUAAUGACGAUGGGUUGAAGGCCGGGCAGCCUCACCUAGCAGCCUAGAGAACCGAGAGAGCGAAUAAGCGCCAGCAAGGGAGAUGAGAGAGAGAGACGAAAGAAAAGGAGAAAAAGAGGGACACGUCACACGCGCAGACGCAAGAGGCCUCGAUCUGUGCCUCCCCUCUGCUCUCCAGCUCCGCCUCCGCCUAUAUAUAACACCCCCUCGACCUCGAACCCUUCAGCCUCUCGCAUCACUCGCAAGCGCUUGCCUCUGCGCUCUUUCUUUCACUCCGACGAGGAGGAAGAAGUUCGAUUCCAGGAAGGGGAGCUCGUUGCGGCGCUGAUGGAGCCAGUGUCGGUCGAGGCCGGGAACGCCGUUGCCGCCGAGUGGCUCGACCUCGACGACGACGGCCGCCCGCGCCACAUGGGUGCUAGCGCGCACAUCAUCACCGCCGCCAUCGGCUCCGGCGUGAUCUCCCUCGCCUGGGCCAUUGCGCACCUCGGCUGGGUAGCCGGACCUACCGCCAUGCUGCUCAUCGCCUUCGUCACCUACUGCAUCGCACAGACCAUCUUUGCAGCCAUCGGCAUCAUCAUGGGCAGUCUCAUCGGUGCCGUCGUCACCUCCGCGCACAAGGUCUGGCACAGCCUGCAGGCCUUGGGCGGCAUCGCCUUCGCCUACUGCUUCUCCAUCAACCUCAUCGAGAUCCAAGACACGAUCAAGGCUCCGCCACCGUCGGAGUCGAAGGUGAUGCAGAACAGCGCCUUCAUCUCCCUUUAUGCGGUGUUCCGCGACGCCGCACCGGACAGCCUCCUCACCGUCUUAGGCUUCUACGAGCCCUUCUUCUGGCUUCUCGACAUCGCCAUCAUCACUCCCAUGUUGUUGUCGCCAGCUUGCCGCACUAUUGUACAUAGUGCCAGUUCUCAUCAAUCAGGCUCGGGCUACCGCCGACCAGGAACUCCUGGAACUUCGUCCAUGGCACGGAUGCCGAAGACGGGCGCAGUCAAGAGGUGGAUUGGCCGGGCGGACGCGGUGAUACCAGGCCGCAACCAUCCAGCUCCAACCUUGACGCGAGAUGGCGACUGCUUGCAGUUGCCGCACACAUGUGACUGGUUUGGGAUCAUGGGCUCUGCAGUCAUCAGCACACCAGACAAGAGCUGCGUCAUCUCUGCGUCCGUUAUGUGCAUGUCAGCUCAGUACAGGCGAUUUAACAAGAAGUAUGAUGGAGCAAACUCUUGGUCUUUGGAGGUCACGGCCGAGGCUGUACAAUCUCUCAAGAAAAUGUGCAAGAAGACAAAAGUUUGGGAUCCUAGUCGUGGGGCAAGAAGUGUAGAGGGUGUUCUGAAUGUGAUCUGUUCACAGAAGAAGGGGAUACCAACUGUCCACGACAGGAUAUCUCUGAAGCUCAAAAGCUAUGAGAGCUUCGGCCAGCUGAGCCCCAGGAAAAUCGCCUCUAUGCUCCGCAAUAAGGGCCCGGUGAUUGGAGUCCUGUACGCAGGUGAUGAGGAAUCCUACUUGAGCAGCACGGUAUACCGAGGCAACAGGUCUGCUCUCGGCGAGCGCCAUGCUGUUGUCUGCACUGGUUGCCGCGAAGUCAAUGGCGAGCUGUGUCUAGUGAUCAUGGAUAACUUGGAACGUGAAGGGCCAUUUCGAUUUGUCCUGCAUGAAGCAUUCGAGGAGUUCCACAUCCUCACAGUGGACACUAACUAGCGAGCCUGAAUCUGGAGGUAUAUAUAUGUGUGCUUCAUACACUAGGAACGAAGAAGUUGAGCAAAAUGUUUUUGAUUCGUGGCUCGUGAUGAUGUGCAGUUGGCCUGGUGAUUUUCCUUCUGAGUUCUCAUCGAUCAGUAGCUGAGCUAGUACUAGAAGUAGCAAUUCAUGCGUUCCUGCAAGUUGCCUUCCCCUUGUGGGGUGUUGUACUUUAUUUGAGAAAUAUCAUUAGGUGUGAUUCAUGCAUCUUCUCAUUUCUCACCUU